UAUCCUUCUGGGGCCCCUGGCUGCGGGUUGCUGGAGUGUGGAGGCUGGCUGGCCCUGGCUUCACAGUUGGUGGCUGGGCAGCGAGGGAGGCAGUGUGGCCUUUUUGGGCUGCCUGAGCGAGAGAAACCACAGGCAGGGCGCUCAGCAGUCACCCCCCUACCCUGUAACCUCCUGCCUGCGGCUUUAAGCUCCGCCAGGGGAGGCGAUCCCGCCCCCCCUCGUUUGGAGCAAUUAGCAGCUGCUGGCUGUGUCCUGUUGGCCAUCCUCGUGGAUUAUCACGCGGCCGCUGUUUGGCAGCGUGGUGCCGAUUCUCAGGUGUCUGUGGCUUCGCAGUAGAUGGUAACACGCUAUGCCGUUCGCAGCUAUCUCCAGGGGGCGGAGCUGGGGCAGAUGCAGCAUUUUGUUAUGAGGGAAGUUAAACCUGGUGGAAAUGGGUGUGGCUUUAGCCAAUCAGGAACUGAGGCUGAGAUGGGGGCGGGGAGACAGAAAGCUUGUUCACAGCACCUAGAUGGGCCAACGUAGUGCAAUGGUUCCCAAUCCAGUCCUCGGGAAACCACAGUCAAUCCGUGUUUCUGCUCCCUCCGAGGGAGAGGACCCUCAAUGAUGGUCCCUAUUCAGCUUAUACAGAAGACUUUAAAAUGGAAUAGUUAACUGGAGUGUGUGACCUUUACACCAUGAUUUAUUUAAAUGAUUAGCUUCUCAUCCAGGGUGUACAGCAGCCUUAUGCUCUACUGUUAGCUGGGCUAGGCUCCCCCCCCCCCUUCCCGGCCCAGUCCAGGAAGAGCAGGUAGAACAUAGAUGGAUUGAUAUAUUUGUAUGAAAACAUUUCUUUACAAAAACGUUUAAGGUUUGGUGACAUGUGGAGCAGAUUGUUCUAUAGGAAUACAGCAGAAUAGAGGAAUUAGUUUGGCCCUGAGGUAUCACUGCUACAGGUGUUAAAAUGUGGAUUAAUAAACAUGUCAUCGUGCCCUUUUGUUAACGGGUAAUAUAUUCAUUUUUUCCCCUUCUGGCUACUGUAACAUUCGAGCUGCAGUAUAUAAUAUUUCCAGUGAUGAAUGGUUGCAUGCAGCUCUUCACCCUCCCGGUACUCCCUGCUUCUCUUGCACGAUGAGGAUCUGGUCUGGCUAAGCUUGAUCUCAGAGGGAACACUUCCUUUCUGCGGUCGCCCUCAACCCGCAGCGGACGGGACGCAUCCGACGUGGUGGAUCAGUCCGUCGCUUGAGAUACUUCGCAUGGCUUCCAAUUCAAAACAGCGCAUUGAUCGCGCUUACUGCAGUACGUAAAUCAUUGUACAGCAGAGCUGCGGUUUUCAUUCCGCUUCAAUUAAAAACCUGGGAUUAUUGGUAAAUGAAGUAGAUUUACAGCUGUUACUCAUGUCACGUCAUGACAAGAACACGUUUUCAAUCCAUUCGCGUUAAUUAAAAGCAACGAUCUGUUAAUACUUCCUCCUAAAGGCUUUUAAAUUUGCCAUUAGCGGUGCCUACUUAAGUUCCACUUAUCUAUCGACCUGAUGGGUAAUUCCUGCACGCCCAUAAAUAUCUUAAUAUAGGCUAAUAGAUGAAGACUAGUAUAAUAGAAGUUUAUUGCCGUAUUCGUGGUUAUACUCUCUAAAGCUCACUGUAUGUUACAGUUAUCAUUUGUAGCAAAGCCCCUGCCAUCGCUACCUCCCAUGACCUUUCUCCAAGCCCGCAUGUCCUGCUGCGGUUUGCGUUUUUGCUGACCUAGCCGGUAAAAGACGAAUCCAGAGGAGGUGGAAAUCUGACAUGUUCCCCGGAGCUCCUUCGAUCAUUAUAUAGAUAGUAUAGCCCUACUUAUCGUUAGGAAAUCGCCGAUCGUCUGCCCCUUAGAAUCAUUGCAAUCCCUGAAUUUUUCUUCUCUGAUUGUUAACUUGAAGCGCAGUUUAUGAUUUAACCUCCGUCCAGACGCAAAGGUCACCAUUCCCGAGGGUAAUCUGAGGGAAAAUCUGAAAGAAAAAAUGUCAAAAAUGUAGAAUUGUAUGUGAGUGAUGAAUUGUAACUUUACUCUCUGAAAUGCUGGACACGACUUGCUCGUUACGUGUAAUGCGACCGCGUCUCUUAACGCCAAUAUUAUAUGUAGGCUAUAUAUAUAUACCGUUUUCAUUGUUACAGCGUUGUUUAAACAGAUAUUGCACGAAGACAAGAUUUCCCGGCGAUAUAUAGGCUAUACAUAUUUAUAUUUACAAACAAAUGUACAAAUAAAAGCCUUUAAUUUUUAAAUAUUUUCAGUCAUUCGUUUCGCGUCCAAAUCUAUUCCGGCUCAUUUUUGGCAUGAUACUUUAGAAUGGCUAUUAAAUUGGAAAUUGAAAGGUGGAUUUUCUUCGCGUGUUUGCUAUCAAGGAAGGGGUCCACGGUUUGUUUAAGGGUUGGAAUAAAGGUAUGUUAAAGAACAUGAGCCGGUAUGCCUUGUUUAAUAAUGAAUGAUUCCGGCGCAGGGGGUGUGCCGCCCCAGUGCUGAUGUCAGAUGCUCUGUUGCAGCAUUUCGCGGUGCGGGGUGUCAGAGCGCCUUCUCCGCGUUACACAUGCCAUCCUGCCGGCCAAGAUGCUUUCCACUGUUAAGCAAUGCUCCUUAUUAAUCUCGAUCCUUUCUUUUUUGGCUGUGCCCGGUGAUUUCAGGAGGAUAUUUAGAUGUCCUUCCACAUGUACUUGCUCCAAGGAGUCUAUAAUUUGCGUCGGGUCUUCGUAUAUACCACGGAUUAUCCCAAAUGAUAUCAAUUCACUGAGCGUCGUUAAUGGAACCUUCUCUGAAAUUAAGGAGGCUAUGUUCUCCCACAUGCCGUCUUUACAACUGCUGCUUCUUAAUUCCAAUUCAUUCACCACCAUAAAGGACGAUGCAUUCUCAGGACUUCCGCAUCUGGAAUAUCUGUUCAUAGAGAAUAAUAAGAUUGAGACAACGUCUAGGUAUGCUUUAAGAGGCCUUCGGGAUUUGACCCACCUGUCACUGGCGAAUAACAACAUCAAGUUUUUGCCAAGGGACCUCUUUGCAGAUCUGGACUCUCUAAUUGAACUUGAUCUGCGUGGUAAUGCCUUCGAGUGUGACUGCAGAGCCAAGUGGUUAAUGAGCUGGUUGAGGAGCACCAACUCCACCGUGUCCGAGGUCUUGUGCGAGGGCCCUGACGAGAUGAAGGGCAGGCGGCUGAAUGACCUGGUCAGCUUGCGUGACGACUGCAUCUCCACAGAUUUUGUCCUCCAUCAGUCCGUGGCGUCGGAGUCCCUGUCAGUGGAUUCCUUCUUAUACAAGAACGGGGUCUACGUGGCCAUCGCCGCCCCCAAUGCGGAAAGCUGCAUGGUCAUGGAAUGGGACCAUAUCGAGAUGAACUUCAGGAGCUAUGACAACAUCACCGGUCAAUCAAUCGUUGGAUGCAAGUCCAUCAUCAUUAACAAUCAGGUCUUCGUCAUUGUGGCCCAGCUUUUUGGUGGCUCCCACAUCUACAAGUUUGAUGAAGACCAGAGCAAGUUCACCAAGUUUCAAGACAUUGAGGUGUCCAGGAUCUCCAAGCCCAAUGACAUUGAGACAUUUCAGAUUGGCAAUGACUGGUUCUUUGUGAUCGCAGACAGUUCCAAGGCCGGCCUCUCCACUCUCUACAAGUGGAAUGACAAAGGCUUCUACUCCAGUCAGUCCCUUCAUGAGUGGUUCCGGGACACAGAUGCAGAAUUUAUUGACCUGGAUGGGAAAGCCCACCUAAUCUUGGCCAGCCGUUCCCAAGUCCCUGUCAUCUACCAGUGGAGCAGGAGUGCUCAGAAGUUUGCUCUACAUGGUGAGAUUCCUAACAUGGAGGAUGUGGUGGGCAUCAAGUCUUUUCGGAUCAAGGAGGAGCUCUACUUGGCCAUGACACGCUACAUAGGUGACUCAAAAGUCCUCCGAUGGACCAAUAAGCAGUUCACAGAGGUGCAGGCCCUGCCCUCACGCGGAUCCAUGAUCAUGCAGCCCUUCUCCUUCAAGGACAGGCAUUACCUGGCCUUGGGUAGCGAUUAUACCUUCUCACAGAUAUACCUGUGGGAUAUGGAGAAGAAGAUGUUUGAGAGGUUCAAGGAGGUAUACAUCCAGGCACCACGCUCCUUCACGGUGGUGUCCACAGACCGUCGGGAUUUCCUCUUUUCUUCCAGCUUCAAAGGUAACACCCAGAUCUUUGAGCACAUCAUCAUUGAUUUGAGUUUGUGAGCCUUGCUGAGGACAGAAGAUUCCAUCAUAUUCCAUCAUAAUACUGAGGGAAUGAAAGCGGGACGUGGCAUUUAUCAGGUAUUCAUUUACUAUCUAUGUUUCCUGCAUUUGUAUAGAGGUUUUAAUGAAAUUAGUGUCUCAUUUGCUACAUUUUAACUAUUUGAUACUCACAACAACUGAAACUUCAUGUUAACGGAAGCGGAUUGUCACACACAGCCUUUGUUCGUUGUCCUAACCGGUCACUUGAGGAAAGUAGUGUUUUCGUCGUGAGGCUUAAACUGCCACAGUUUCCAUGGUUACAGUAGAUGCCUUAUUCGUGAAAGGGAUGCGUGUUCUGCUUGUUACCAUCUUCAUCUUUUUUGUUGUGAUUAGGAAUUCUCCCUCCUGGAGUGUCACUGUAAGAAGGGUGGGGCCCCACUGAGCACAAACUAUCACCAACAAAGCCCACCGUUUGAUGUACGGUUUUACACAAAAGGUUCAGGGGGUCUUUUCUUAAACUGCUUUUUAUUUCUAUUGUGUCUCUGUUGUAGGCCGUGCUGUCUACGGGAGAGAAAGCUUAGUAAAUCGUCUUAUAAGUUGGGUCUAAGGCUGCCUGUGCUAAACCUAUUGUGUUCAUUCCAGAUCAAUGUGAUCUGGGGGAUAGAAUAUUGGGGGACACUUUACUUAUGGGGGCGCAGAUAACUUAGUUACUCAGUUACUACUCAAGAACAAAUCAUGAACAGAUAUAAUUCCUGUAUGAAAUAUAUGGACCAUCAUGUUUGAUUAAUGAUGAAUGAACAUGGGAUCAGUAUGUAACUAACACCUAGUUACUAGUUAAUUAAUACAUUAAGUAAUGGUUUACUACUACAUUAUAUGUGUCCCCUUAAAUAAGAGUUACUGAAUACACUGUCUAUCUAUCAAGAGUGCCAGGAAGGUGACAAUGAGGAGACAGCUGGCAUCAUAUCUGGAAGCAAUUAAUUCAGCUUGAAAGUAUUUAAUGGGUGUAAGUAGUUAUAAAGAGUAUGAUAUAUAGACAUGAGAUCCCUCAUAGAUAUACUGUCCCUCUAAUAUGAACAUGAUCCUACUUC